CCUCCGCCUCCCUUCCCCCUCCCCGCCCAGCAGCGGUCGCUCGGGCCCCGGCGCUCGGUUAUAAGAUGGCGGCGCUGAGCGGCGGCGGCGGCGGCGGCGGCGCGGAGCAGGGCCAGGCUCUGUUCAACGGGGACAUGGAGCCCGAGGCCGGCGCCGGCGCCGCGGCCUCUUCGGCUGCGGACCCUGCCAUUCCCGAGGAGGUGUGGAAUAUCAAACAAAUGAUUAAGUUGACACAGGAACAUAUAGAAGCCCUAUUGGACAAGUUUGGUGGGGAGCAUAAUCCACCAUCAAUAUAUCUGGAGGCCUAUGAAGAAUACACCAGCAAACUAGAUGCCCUCCAACAGCGAGAACAACAGUUAUUGGAAUCCCUGGGGAAUGGAACUGAUUUUUCUGUUUCUAGCUCUGCAUCAACGGACACCGUUACAUCUUCUUCCUCUUCUAGUCUUUCAGUGCUACCUUCAUCUCUUUCAGUUUUUCAAAAUCCCACAGAUAUAUCACGGAGCAAUCCCAAGUCACCACAAAAACCUAUCGUUAGAGUCUUCCUACCCAAUAAACAGAGGACGGUGGUACCCGCAAGAUGUGGAGUUACAGUCCGGGACAGUCUAAAGAAAGCUCUGAUGAUGAGAGGUCUAAUCCCGGAGUGCUGUGCUGUUUACAGAAUUCAGGAUGGAGAGAAGAAACCGAUUGGCUGGGACACUGAUAUUUCCUGGCUCACUGGAGAGGAAUUGCAUGUAGAAGUGUUGGAAAAUGUUCCGCUUACCACACACAACUUUGUACGGAAAACUUUUUUCACCUUAGCAUUUUGUGACUUUUGUCGAAAGCUGCUUUUCCAGGGUUUUCGCUGUCAAACAUGUGGUUAUAAAUUUCACCAGCGUUGUAGUACAGAGGUUCCACUGAUGUGUGUUAAUUAUGACCAACUUGAUUUGCUGUUUGUCUCCAAGUUCUUUGAACACCACCCAAUACCACAGGAGGAGGCCUCCAUAGCAGAGACUGCCCUUACGUCUGGAUCAUCCCCUUCUGCUCCCCCCUCCGAUUCUCCUGGGCCCCCAAUUCUGACCAGUCCAUCUCCUUCAAAAUCCAUUCCAAUUCCACAGCCUUUCCGACCAGCAGAUGAAGAUCAUCGAAAUCAGUUUGGACAACGAGACCGGUCCUCAUCAGCUCCAAAUGUGCAUAUAAACACAAUAGAACCCGUCAACAUUGAUGACUUGAUUAGAGACCAAGGGUUUCGUAGUGAUGUAGGAUCAACCACAGGUUUGUCUGCCACCCCCCCUGCCUCAUUGCCUGGCUCACUCACUAAUGUAAAAGCAUUACAGAAAUCUCCAGGACCUCAGCGGGAAAGAAAAUCAUCUUCAUCCUCAGAAGAUAGGAAUCGAAUGAAAACACUUGGUAGACGGGAUUCAAGUGAUGAUUGGGAGAUACCUGAUGGGCAGAUCACAGUGGGACAGAGAAUUGGAUCCGGGUCAUUUGGGACAGUCUACAAGGGAAAGUGGCAUGGUGACGUGGCAGUGAAAAUGUUGAAUGUGACAGCACCCACACCUCAGCAGUUACAGGCCUUCAAAAAUGAAGUAGGAGUACUCAGGAAAACUCGACAUGUGAAUAUCCUACUCUUUAUGGGCUAUUCAACAAAGCCCCAACUGGCUAUUGUUACCCAGUGGUGUGAGGGCUCCAGCUUAUAUCACCAUCUCCACAUCAUUGAGACCAAAUUUGAGAUGAUAAAGCUUAUAGAUAUUGCACGGCAGACUGCACAGGGCAUGGAUUACUUACACGCCAAGUCAAUCAUCCACAGAGACCUCAAGAGUAAUAAUAUUUUUCUUCAUGAAGACCUCACAGUAAAAAUAGGUGAUUUUGGUCUAGCCACAGUGAAAUCUCGAUGGAGUGGGUCCCAUCAGUUUGAACAGUUGUCUGGAUCCAUUUUGUGGAUGGCACCAGAAGUGAUCCGAAUGCAAGACAAAAACCCAUAUAGCUUCCAGUCAGAUGUAUACGCAUUUGGGAUUGUUCUAUAUGAAUUGAUGACAGGGCAGUUACCUUAUUCAAACAUCAACAACAGGGACCAGAUAAUUUUUAUGGUGGGACGAGGAUAUCUUUCUCCAGAUCUCAGUAAGGUACGGAGUAACUGUCCAAAAGCCAUGAAGAGAUUGAUGGCAGAGUGCCUAAAAAAGAAAAGAGAUGAGAGGCCACUCUUUCCCCAAAUUCUCGCCUCUAUUGAGCUGCUGGCCCGCUCAUUGCCAAAAAUUCACCGCAGUGCAUCAGAACCCUCCUUGAAUCGGGCUGGCUUCCAAACAGAGGAUUUUAGUCUCUAUGCUUGUGCUUCUCCAAAAACACCCAUCCAGGCAGGGGGAUACGUUCCAGCUCUCUGGGCACACAAGGCUCUCCUCCAGUCAGCUGGGAGUGCUGCACAGGACCCCCCAGGCACCCCUCCCCAGCCUAGGGUCCACCCCAUCUGGCGUCAGCUUGAAGCACACUGCAGGGUUCGGGUGACCUCUUCAAAAAACUACCUCCUCAGGAUGAGGUAAUGAAUAGUUACUUAUUUUAAAAUAUGAAAAGUCAGGAGCUCUAGAACAUGAAGAUGAUUUAAGAUUUUAACUUUGGCGUGUCCUUGUUAUUUGAGCACUCUCAUUCGGUCCUAAAGGGCAUUGUGCGUUUCAGCGGUAAUAACUGAAAAAUGGAGCUCUGAGUUUCUGAAUGUUGUUGCAAGUGGUGCCAGCAUCUGUUUCUCGGGGUAUGUUUCAGAAUCUUCACCUUAAGUCAGUUGCAUGAAAUUAAGUAGUUACAGUAACAGUUCACUAACAGUGGUACAAUUUUCGUUUUCAGUAGGCUUGGCAAGAUAAUACAUCUUCAUGAUGAGUUAGCCACAACUUCAUCACAUGCACAGAUACUUCUAUUGAGAGACUGCCCAGCUAAAAAGAUAGAUGAUUCCCCAUGAUUCUCUUCUUUGUCUAAGGUUGGCAGUGUUAGCACUAGAAAAUCAGUACCUUGGGACUAGCAGAUUUCAACCAAUAGGCUAUUAAAAAAAAAAAAAAAAGUAACCGUACAUGGAAAGUUUACUGAGUAUAAACAGCAAAUAGCUUACAGGUCAUACGUUGACAUGGUGUAGGUGAGGCUCUAGAAAAAUACCUUGACAAUUUGCCAAAUGAUCUUUACUGUGCCUUCACGAUGCAAUAAAAAAAUUCUAAAAAAAAAGGCUAAAAUUUUAGCAGAAAUCAGUGAUUUGUGAAGAGAGCAGCCACUCUAGUCCAACUCAGCUGUGUUAAUAUUUUUUAGAGCGCAAUUUAGACUGCAGAGACAUGCACUAAAGGGUUUAUAGCCAAAAUCAUUUAAAAAAUGAGAAAACACAGGUAAAUUUUCAGUGAACAAAAUUAUUUUUUUAAAGUACAUAAUCCCUAGUAGAGUCAGAUAUAUUUAUCACAUAGAGCAACUAGGUUGAAAAUUAUAGUUCAGUGACAUUUCUAGAGAAACUUUUUCUACUCCAUAGGUUCUUCAAAGCAUGGAACUUUUAUAUAACAGAAAUGUUGGACAGACAUUUUAAGGAAUUGGUGUAGUUUGGGCGUCAGAAGUGCUAUAUGCUGGGCAGCAAACACUUCUCGAGCGUGAGAAGGAGGAAGCUAACAUAGAGGACAGGAUUUGAUUUUAUCAGUUUCCAGAGUACUGCUGCCAACCUAAACAGUGAUUUUUCAGAUUUUAAAAUGUAAACUUGCCUCCCAGGACAUGUUUGCAAAUUAUGUGGAACUGUCCUGCUGAUGGUGUUCAGGGUGCCGUAGGAACCAGGUGGGGCAUUGGAAUAGUUAAUGACGUGGCUGGUGGGCGUGAAUUAGACACACAUCAUGGUGUGCUUUUUGUACCUUGCAUUUCUUGCCACCCCCAGGUAAAGGUAGUGCACUGUCCAGCAAGUUCCCGGAUGUUUUACUAAGUUGUAUUACUGAUGCCCAUAGGUUGUUGAGCACCCAAGGAGUGCAGUAGCAUCUCUGCCUGAUUUGUAUAUUGGCCAGGGGAGAAUGAAGUGGCCAGUAUUGCUAGCUCUGGUAAAAUUGAAAAUAUUGGUAAGGUUUUUGUUUCAUCAGCACACUAGAGAGUAAGCUUUGUUUUGUCUUAGUUCUCCUAGGCUCAUAUCUUUUCAGAUAACUUAUUUUCACUUCUCUUCAAGCAAAGACAUUGAAAUUGAAAUUUAGUCCUAAAUUUUGCCAGUGGCAGAAAGGUUAAUUAACAGUUUCUAUCGGGAUUUUUAAGGUAGAGGAGGACAGAAACAUGAAGUCUUAAAAUAUUUAAGAUAACACUGCCUCAACGUGCACAGGGAUGGUUCAUCCUCACCUCAAAGUGAUUAAGUAGAUCUUUUAUUUCAACAUCCACAACUCUCAAGCUGUUAAUAUUUUAAUCCUUUUUUAUUUAAUUUUUUUUACCCUUUGACUCCCUUUACCCAACUGUUAAUUUAGUUUUAGUAAUUACUAAAUUAGUUUUAUUAAAAUGUUUAAUUUUAUUAAAAUGUAUAAUUUUAUUUAACAAAAUUCUGUUUUGACUAAUUACAGUGAUGUAACCAGUUAUGCAUGAGGACACAGCCAAUGUAUCUGGGGUGUGUGUGUGUGUGUGUGUGUGUGUGUGUGUGUGUGUGAUGAGUUUGUUUUCUAAGAAUUUUGUAGAUUGAAGUACUCUUGGCAAACAACUGAAAUGUUUAUUUGUGUUAGUAUCAAAAACAAGAUUUGUGCAAACCAUCUGCCUCUCCGGCAGGCUGAGCAUCUUGUCCAGCACUCCCGAGCAGCUGGCUCUCGUCACAGGCUGUAGGGAAUUGGGCAGGAAGUUGGCUGAAGAGAUGCAGCAGGGGAAGGGCUUCAUUUACUGGGGUGCGUUGUGGAUGGGGGUUCUAAGUUGCCUAUUAGUACCAGCUUUGUGUUGAAAAUUAUUCUGUGUUGCAUUUGUGUGUUAAGCCUUUUUUAACCCACAUGUAUCUUGGUGGAAUAAACUUCAGAUUAGCAUAAACAGCAAAGCUCACAGAGUAGGCACAAAUGUAGAGAAAGUGGACCAAAAUGGGCUGGGUGGGGGGAGGGUGUGGGAGUAAGUCUGGGGCUAGGGAAGAACUGAUGUGAUGGUGGGAAAUAAACUAUAAUUACCUGAAAUGUAAGAGUGCAAUAAGUGUGCUUUUUAUUCUAAGCUGUGAACAGUUUAAAAAACGAACAUUCCUUCCUAAUACAUUUGUGUAUGUUCCAUAGCUGAUUAAAACCAGCUAUGUAAACAUAGAAUCCCUUUUUAUUCUUAAUUACCAACAUGAGUGGCUAAACUUUAUGUCUUAUUUAUCUUCAUGUUACAUUAGUUUACAUACGGGAGUGUGCGUGCGUGCAUGUCCGUCCACGUGUGUGUGUGCGCGCGCACUGUACCCUUUCCCUCCUUCAUCUGGAAAUGAAUUCAUUGGGUCCUCUUGUUCUUCCUUUGGCCAUGCCACAGGUUAUGGUCUUGACUUAGCCUUCAUGAUCCUGCCUGAUUUCAAGGACUCUUAUCACAGUGAUACGUUUUUGUGGUGAUCUCCUCUGUUGGUUGUACACUCGGACCCUUCCUCACUCAGCGGUUGCCGCCUUAGGAGCGCACAGCUGAUCAGGGGCUCAAAUCUGACCAUUCCUCAAUAUAGGUCCCGUUGAAUUCUAGGUCAGUACUUAGGAUUGCUCUUUGGUUUAAACCAAGAAAAAAGGAAAACACCCUCCCCCCAUUUUCAUUUACUUCUUGGUUUGAGGACAAUUCUUCUGUAAGGGAGAGGAAAGGGAAAUCCUUCAUGUUUUAACCACAGUGAAUCAAUGUCUCCUGGUUUCCCACUCCAAACCUAAUGGCGAUUCACAUAUAUACAUUCCUCUCUCGCUCGCUGCCAAAGGUUUGGGUUUAGUUCACUUCAGUUCCACUCGAGCAUUGAAAAGAUUCUCAUGGAGUCUGGGGUGUGCCCAGUGAAAAAAAAAUGGGGACUUUUAAAUUGUCCACAGACCUCUUUAUACCUGCUUUGCAAAAAUUACAAUGGAGUAACUAUUUUUAAAGCUUAUUUUUCAAUUCAUAAAAAAAGACAUUUAUUUUCAGUCAAAUGGAUGAUGUCUCCCUCUUGUCCCUUUCUUAACCCUCAAUGUUUGCUUGAAUCUUUUUUUUUCCCCCUUAAUUCCUCCCCCUACCCACUUCUUGAUACUUUGGUUCUUUCCUGCUCAGGUCCCUUCAUUUGUACUUUGGAGUUUUUCUCAUGUAAAUUUGUACAAUGGAAAAUAUUGUUCAGUUUGGAUAGAAAGCAUGGAGAAUUAAAAAAAGAUAGCUGAAAUUCAGAUUGAAGAGAUUUAUUUCUGUGUAAAGUUAUUUAAAAACUCUGUAUUAUAUAAAAGGCAAAAAGUUCUAUGUACUUGAUGUGAAUAUGCGAAUACUGCUAUAAUAAAGAUUGACUGCAUGGAGAAGCCUU